AUGCUAUACUUAGAAGACUAUUUAGAACUGAUAGAACAGCUUCCAAAUGAAUUUAAAAGUCGCUUUGCUAAAAUCAGGGAGAUGGAUUUGCAGGUCCAAAACGAUAUAGAUAGCCUAGAUACGAAAGUGAAAGACUUCUUUCAAAAUGGUCGUAAAGCCAAAUCAGAGCGGAAACAAUCUGAUUAUCUGGAUAUCAAUGGGACCUAUCUAAAUACUAUUGAGGUUGCCGAUGAAAAAAUCGUAAUCGUACGAGAAUUGCAGGAGCUCCUACAACGAUAUACAAAACGUCUUGUUCAUGAACUGGAAAAAUUUAAAAUAGAGCUAGAAGCUGAUAAUCCUGGCAUCACCGAUCAACUAGAGAAACACUCUUUCGAAUUCGAUCAUUGUUGUUCACCACAUACUAAUUCUACCAUCGCUGAUAUGCGCUUCCAUCAGGUAUCUACAGCAGGCCAAAAAAGAAAGCGUGACACUGAGUCAACGAUUUCAAAAUAUAAUGGUAUUUUAGGUAUUAGUAGUAAAAACUCUCCUAAAGCAGCAGCAUUCCAAGCUCUUUCAACUACUAAGCAGAUGCAACAAGGUAUGAAAUUGGGAAUUAAAGCCAGCCUGUUAAUUCAAAGCAGUCAAGAAUUAGCUGAGGAUGGCUCAGUUGCCUCGAAAAGUCACGAAUGUUUUCAAGUGUUGAACAAAGAGUCCACGAAGCAAUUGGCGAAAAGAAAAGUACAGCAGAAAUACGUAAGUUCAGUCGAUAAUGGGUAUAAUUCAGCAAUAACAUCAACUCCGCUGGCUGUUGAUUCAACGCAUAACACAGAAGUAAAUGAUGAAGUAUCAGAAAGGCCUACAACAUUAGAGAUCUCAGAGUAUGUUGUUGACCCGGAUGAACCUCGUUAUUGUAUAUGCAAUCAAAUUUCGUACGGUGAAAUGGUUGGAUGUGAUAACGACGACUGUCCUAUUGAAUGGUUUCAUUAUGCAUGUGUUGGUAUAUCUGAGCCUCCUAAAGGAAAAUGGUAUUGUCCACAGUGUACAGUUAGUAUGAAACGACGUAGUGCUAGAAGUGGGCACAAAUGA